AUGGGCUACUGCAACCCUUCAUCUUCGUCUUGGCUCAGCCCUCGCGCUCCUCAGUUUAGCCCCGCUUUCCCGAAACUCCAAUCUUUAUUCUUUUGCUUCUCUUCCAAAUCAACCAACACUUCAAUCUCUUGCUCUACCAACACUGGCCCAACAGAUGAUUUAUUAUCGGCAACAACUACUUCUCAUACCAGACACAGACCAUACGAUCAGACUUCCAGGGAUUUUCUCCGCCAUUGGAUUGAAGCUGAUCAUGAUCCACCACUGGCAUCAUCCCAAGAAAGAUUUACUGUUGUGUCAUAUAACAUAUUGGGGGACAGAAAUGCUUCAAAGCACAGAAAUUUAUACCAAAAUGUUCCUUUUAAUCACUUGAAAUGGGCUUAUCGAAAAAGGGUUAUUUGCCAAGAAUUGAUUGGAUGGAACCCUGAUAUUAUAUGCUUGCAAGAGGUGGACAAGUACUAUGAUUUAUUGCAGACCGUGGAGAAAUCGGGAUAUGCUGGUUCUUACAAGCGGCGAACAGGACAUAGUGUUGAUGGUUGUGCUAUGUUUUGGAAAGCUGAUACGUUUCGGUUAUUAGAAGGAGAGACCAUUGAAUUUAAUCGCUAUGGUCUUCGUGAUAAUGUUGCCCAACUCUCUGUUUUUGAGAUUUGCAGAGAUGAACCAAGAAGAAUACUGGUUGGUAACAUCCAUGUGCUUUAUAACCCAAGCCGAGGAGAUGUUAAAUUGGGUCAAAUUCGUUUUCUCUUGUCAAGGGCACAGAUUCUUGCCGAGAAAUGGGGUAAUAUCCCUGUUGUCCUGGCUGGUGAUUUCAAUUCAAUUCCUCAGAAUUACUGGACUGAUGAGGAGGUUAAGGUUGCAACGGGAAACAUUGACUGCCAUUUGGUUGCACAUCCUUUUAAGCUUAACAGCACCUAUGCCACAGUGAAUGUACUUGAUUCUGAUAAGAUGAAUAUAUUGUUGAUCAUUAUUUGCAUCUUCUAUGAGAAGUCAUUUGGAGUAUUGAUGGCUAAAGCAGGAACUGUUUUCAGGGUUCUGCAAAAACAAGAGACUUCAAUGGUCUUGGAUACUCUUCCACUUGAUAUUUUAAGGAGGACAGGUGGCCUUCCAUGCCAGAUACUGGGAAGUGAUCAUUUGGCUCUGGUUUCUGAGUUUGCCUUCACACAAGUAACCAAAGAAGGCAACACAACAAGUACAGCAACAAUCUCAGCAUUUAGAGAGGAUAACGAUUGGACAUAG